GUUGCUUUGGAGGCGUUGGCCGGUUCAGUGUCACUCACUGUCUGUUCUGGGAUAACAGAGACGCACAAGAACACGUCCUUAGGAAUUGAUCUCUUUCUGAUUAAGUUAAAUACGUUUAAACGUACUCUACCUCUCGUUUUUUGUGCUACCAGUAAGCUAUUUGCUUGGACCUGUCGAAAUGAUCAAAAACGGUCACCACGCCACCGACGACCAGGGGGGUGAAGCCGGCUACAGUAAGCCGGGUGGUUCAGGGUGCAGCCCGGAGAAAAGGAGGCGCGUAGUCCGGCUGUGGUGUGACGGAUGUUAUGACAUGGUGCACUAUGGUCACUCCAACCAGCUGCGGCAGGCUAAAGGCAUGGGAGAUUACCUCAUAGUCGGAGUGCAUACAGAUGCCGAGAUUUCCAAGCACAAGGGCCCCCCGGUCUUCACUCAGGAGGAACGCUACAAGAUGGUGCGGGCCAUCAAGUGGGUGGAUGAGAUAGUAGAAGGAGCACCCUACGUCACCACCCUGGAGACUCUGGACAAGUACAACUGUGACUUUUGCGUGCACGGAGAUGACAUCACGCUGACCGUAGAUGGCAAGGACACAUAUGAAGAGGUGAAGCUUGCAGGCCGUUACCGGGAGUGUAAACGCACGCAGGGCGUCUCCACCACUGACCUGGUGGGACGUAUGCUUCUAAUGACCAAAGCUCAUCACAGCAACAUGGAUAACCCAGAUUACCAGCAGCAUACAGACAACUUUGGAAAGGGUCCUAAAGGCCACAGUCCAUGGACAGGAGUGUCUCAGUUCCUGCAGACGUCCCAGAAGAUCAUCCAGUUCGCCUCAGGAAAGGAGCCUCAGCUCGGAGACACCAUUAUCUAUGUAGCAGGGGCAUUCGACCUUUUCCACAUCGGCCAUGUUGACUUCUUGGAAAUGGUCUAUAAGCAGGCAGAGAGGCCCUACGUCAUUGUAGGUCUGCACUUCGACCAGGAAGUGAAUCGGUACAAGGGGAAGAACUAUCCAAUCAUGAACAUCCAUGAGAGAACACUGAGCGUCCUGGCCUGUCGGUAUGUGUCAGAGGUGGUGAUUGGUGCACCCUAUGCAGUGGGCAAAGACCUGCUGGAUCAUUUUAAGGUGGAUCUGGUGUGUCAUGGCAAGACGGAGGUGUUUCCAGAUAAGGAUGGGUCAGACCCCUACGCUGAGCCUAAGAAGAGGGGGAUAUUCAGGACCAUCAAUAGUGGGAACAAUCUCACCACUGAUGACAUCGUCCAGAGGAUCAUUGAAAACAGGCUGCAGUUUGAAGCCAGGAACCAAAAGAAGGAGGCCAAGGAGAUGGCAGUGAUCGAGGCCAUGAAGAAGAGAGAGGAGCAGGAGCAGAGUGAAGCUACAGCCCAGGCUGCUCACUAGUGAGACAUCAGACCCGGGCCGACUGGUUCUGUGUCUGAUUUACUCGUCCUGGUACAGUCAGCUUUAAGAGGUUGGACUCAACUGACUCAUUGGGAAAGUCCAUGACGUGGGUGUCUACAACCUGGGGAGGAUCAGCCAGUCUCAGCUAGUCUUCUGGGUGCAGAAUCCUGCUUUACGUCGCACACACUGUGGCGUUAGCUUCUCUCAGCUUUCUUCUAUAUGAACUUCUCCAGCCUAAUGGGAUUAGAAUAGAUCUGCCUUGACAAGAACACAAAAAGUCCAAACACCUUACACAUGCUACGAUUUAACCUGCAAAUCCCUUUACACCUCUCUUCCUCCACAGAGGACUCAGUUAUUUUUAUCUUCUGUCAUGUAUUGGUUUUGUCCAUGUAAUCACACACUACUGUACAUGUAUAAGUGUAAAAGUGGUAUGUUGUAAUUAUUCAUAACUUAUUGACAAAGUGCUAAUGUCAUUAUCGGGUAUGUUUUUAGACUUUGAACCAAAUCAGUUUUUUAAUGAUCAGUUUUAGACGUGUCAUCAAAUAAGGUUGAAUGUUGUCUAUCAAUUUAUUUUAAUCUCUAGAAGUCACUUUGUUACUUUUAUCCAUCCUUAAAAAAACAUAAUUACUGCAUGAAAUGAUCUGUGAAGUAGUCCUCUAAUUUUAACUGUGGAUUUUAACUACCUGAAUUUGCACUGUGUGUGUACAUGUGUGUGUGUGUGUGUGUGUGUGUGUGUGUGUGUGAGAGAGAAAGAGAAAGAGAGAGAGAGCGAGAGCUGAAUGAGGUCAGUGAGUGAGUGUUUGCGCUGUAAAUUAUAGUAGUGCCUCAUUCCUGGAGCUAUAACUAAUGUAAGGGCUGUGUAUAAACUUCUGAUUCCACUCAAAUUAAAGUCUGUAGUACUGGAUUGUGUCUGCAGCUGGGUCAGUAGAGUUCUCGAGUCCUUCCAUUCUCAGUCUAUGUUCAAGAAAUGUCCUUUUCUCCUUUGUUCACAAGACAAUCCAAGGACUUCAAGAUUUGGGACCUAAUAUCACUGUCAAACUGUCUCUACAAACGUUGGUAGAUUGUUGAAGGUUACUGUCUGCUGCUCUUCCUGUCAUUAUAAGGGGCAUAUUAACCUGGAGGUGAAAUGCCAAUGGUGCGAGACAAAGAGGAUUUGAAGUGUGUCUGUGGGUUGGAAGGUUUCUAAAUAUUACAUGGUGGAAAUUUUACUACCUUUAAAUCACUAUUUUGUAAAGUGUAAAUUUCCCCCUUUAUUAAACUGGCAAUAUGGCAAAGUGUUA